GAACAAGGAACUGGAUUAUCAUUCCUUAAAACUUAGUAGAAAAGUUUUGCGAUACGUAUUUUAAACGUAAUACAUUAAGUAAAUGCAUUUGAGUUAUUUUGUUUUAAUUUACUCAAGAAUUGUAUGUAUUAUUUUUCUUCAAAACUCUUAUACCUUAUUCUAAAAAGGAAUAAGGAACUAGGAAAACGGAACCAACUUAUUAUCCAUUUAAAAACGUGUCACAAGUGAUUUUAUAAUUCAUCCAUGACCAAGAAUUUUACAAAAACAGUGUGGCCAUUUGCAGUGCAGUCCCAUAAAUAUUGUGCACAGUAUAAUAGCUUUAACGCUUGAUAAGGGAGUAAUAUAAACACGGCGUUUGUAAAAUAAUCUUCAGAGUGGAGAGAAUAGUAGAUGAUGCAGUUUCAGUAAUAUGAUUAAACGCUUUCAUUGAUACGCAUGCUCAUCCUAUGAAAAACAAACGGAGAUAUGACGUCGAAUAGUGAAUCAACUAGGGUAGAAAUAGACGGCACACUUGUAGAAAGUGCCGGACAAUCUUCAAAAUAUGCUAUUGAAUUUAUAGAUUAUGACGAUGAUUAUUAUUAUGAAAGUGAUGAUAUGUCGUUAACAAAUGAAAGUAGCGAAGAAAUGGACGACCUGAUUUCAAAACAAAAUGAUACGCGGCGAAAUUCAGAAACACGACAUACAACUGCAUUUUAUAAGAAGACAUAUACCAGUGGAACAAUCAGUUUUAUCAAAAAAAGCAACACCACCAAAUGCAACAUACACUUAAAUGAUGUAAAGUUCAUCAAGAUAGCUGCCGGUAAGGGGAACAGGGACAUUGACAGUAUUCUGCAGACAGUUGCGGAAGGCGUUGUUAAAAAGGUUUGGCAACUUCGUCAUAAAAAUCUUCUGCUGUCAGUCGAUUCGGUUCCGCACGAGUUGGACAACGAAGGUCAUAGCGCAAUACUAAACGCUAUCGCAGGUGUUUUAGAAGGAACAUGUGUGGUGACUGACGGAACUUACGAUGGAUUGCUUGUCACAAACGCUGUACAUAAAUUCGAGGAAAAAAACGAACCAUUAAGUUGUCCACGUAUUGGAAUCAUCUGCUUGGACCGCAUAUGGAAUAAAGAAACAAUAAAGGAGCCAUGGGAAGUGAAAAGAGGAGUGUUCGGCAUUGACUCAGAUGGUGAGCUGUUUAUCGUCGAUACAAGCAAGCAAAGGUGGACGUUGAACCCAGCUUCAUUGACCAAAGUUAAUGUUCAACGUGACGGCAACACCACGACUAGUCCUUUAACUGUUGAUGUUCAUGGCAAUUCAAGCUCUCCUCACUUUGAUGUUGGCGACUUGGUGCAGAUCAGAAAUGAACCGGCGAACUGGCAGCGUAUAUAUGGUUUAGAAAAGAAACAUUAUACAGAGGCGACCAUUGGUAAAAUUGGUAUCAUAGUGCAGGUGACCAAAGAUAAUGACCUGUUGAUCCAAGUGAGCGGUGAACACUAUUCGUUUUGGUACAAGCCGGACGCUGUCACGUUGAUGACGGGAAAGCAUUUCAUUGACCCUUUGAAGAAAAUCUUCAACAAAUACCGGCGUUUAGAUGUGAAUGACGAGCUUGUACAGGCUGUUUCGACAGACAAUGUCAAAAAGGUCUACGCGAUCAUCCGCCAGGCAUACACAGAUUUCAUGGAAUUUACAAGUAUGUCGUUCGGCGUAGAUUGCAGUGGUAACUUUUUUGUCGUAGACGCCAAUGGAAGGACGACUUUCGGCCCAGAUGAUUUGAAUACAGAUGGUAAUGAUAUUGCUUCCUCAGACGUUGAUCACGAUUUUGCUCACGGUGACCUGGUGAUGAUCCGUGGGUCCGAGUCGACUGCCCAUUGGACCGACCAGAAGAAGCGGACAAUCGGUAAAGUUGGUGCAAUAGUGCUUGAAAAUAACCCCGACCGUGCCAUUAACGUAAGAGUGUGCGGCAAUAUCGACUGGUACCAUCACUCAAAUCUUGCGCUUGUGAAUCAAGGGCGCUUUGAUCUAUUGAAGGAACACUUUAGGAAUCCCGAGCCGUAUUGUGUGAGAGACGAGCUUCAACAAGCUGUAUACGAAGGAGAUCGCAAGAAAGUGACCGCUAUAAUACGCAAGGCUUACAAAGAUAGUACACGCGUCUGUGAAUAUGAAGAUCAUGUGGUCAACACCGUUAAACGUUUGAGUACGGAAAACCACCUUUUCGUCUUAGUGGACAACUCUACGCUUAACAGCUUCGGCUGGGAAGAACUUGAGUUUCGAGCUAUUCUAGAAAAACAAAUUUCGUCCGAAAUGAUCCGAUCAAGGAUGAAUGGGGAUUUCAACCAAUAUUGGGAAGUUCUACUCGUAAAACUUCUGUUUAAUGACCAAACCACAGCGAAAACUGUAAAAUUCGCUAUGGAAUAUGACCUACCUUCCGUGGUUGUAGUCACUACUGACUCGGAUAAUUGCAAACGACAAGACAGUGCCAUUUCGGACAGAAAGCAUCAACUCAGAGAGGAAGUGUUUAACAACUUAAGUAAGGAAUAUGUUAGAACUCCUGAAGGAGGCCAACUUUUCCAAGCUUACAAGAAGGAACGUCUAUUGGCGGUCAUACAUGUUAGCGACAUGUCCACAAUGCUUUUGCAGAUGAUCGUGGAUGUUGUUUGGAAAGCUAGUUCAGUUAGGACGAGACUCUUGGAAUGGAUUCUUAACGAUCAAAAAAGAAAAACUGACAUGGUAAUACCACUGAUCUGUGCAGCUGGCAAGCCAAGUAAGGAUGAUUUAUACAAUAAAACCCCAGUUUUGAUUGCCAGUGAUAUCGCAUUCAUCAUGCGUUAUUGCUUGGGUUGCAAUGAUGCAGAAUGUGUAAGAGCGUUAAUUCAACCUGAUGUCAAUAUGAAUUCAACUUGGAUAGAAGCUUCACAAUACACAGAAUUAUGUGAUGAUAAUGAUGGAUUGCUGAAACGUUUGAAGUCACAGGACCCGAUUAAGUGGGUCAUGCAGAGAGUGAAGGCGCGUCCAGUGCGAGGCGAAGUCGAAGGCCACGACGCCUGGAAACGUGUGGCAUACUCAGCUGAUAAAGAGCCGAAAACUGAAGAUGUAUUGCCAUACUGGGAGUACAUGUUUAUUUGGACUUUAUUGUUGCGUAAACACAAAAUGGCGAAAAUACUCUGGGCAAAAACAGAGCAUCCACUCUUCAUGGCCCUCAUUGCACAUAAUUUAUGCAAGGCGGUGAAAAAGCAAACAGACGAUAAUGUUCUAAUUGCCGAAAUGGAAAAAGAGUUGAGGGAGUGGACUACUACGGCUAUAGAAUUUCUAGACAAAUGCUACCAGGAUGGAGAUAAACCCACAUACGACCAUCUGAAAAUGGCCAUGCCUUUUUGGAAUGAGAGAUCAUGCCUAGAUUUGGCUGUUGAUUCGAGAAACAUGGAGGUCCUGGCCCAACAAGCUUGUCGAAAUCUAGUUGACGAUGUCUGGAAUGGGCAAUGUACGGAUGACAAGUUAAACCAGCCAUCGUCAAACAAAGACUUGAACAAGUCAUCUUUGAACAAAAUCGAGGCUCCGGAAAGGAAUACGAGACAGAGGCCAUCGUCAGACACAGACUUAAACAAGUUCUCCUUGAACAAAAUGCAGGCUCCAAAAUGCAAAUUCGUGUACAAUGCGAUCUCGCAACUGCUGUUUCUGUUCUUGUUCGCGUACGUGUUGUUGUUUGAACUCACGCCAAAUGUAUCGUUCAGUGAAUACGUAUUACUUACAUGGGUAAUUGCCAUAUCGGUGGAAGAAUUGAGACAGAUGCUUCAGAUGCCUGGUCAUAAGAAUGAUAAGACUGCCACUCAAAGUGUGCAGUUAAGGACAAAACUGAAGAAUUACAUUUUGGAUGGAUGGAACUGGAUCGAUAUAUUUACGAUCAUUCUGUUUGUACUUGGAUUCGGGCUGCGAUUCGCACACUUUCCAGACAAGAUUGAUUAUCCUAGACUCGUAUAUGCCUUCGAUUUUGCCGCGUUCUGCAUUAGACUCCUUUACAUAUUUUCUAUUGAAAAAGCAAUUGGCCCAAAAAUCAUUAUAUUUAAAAAAAUGGUAAAGGACCUACGGCAUUUCUAUGUAAUCAUGGUGGUGUUUGUAGUGGCUUACGCCAUUACCUCGUACUCCAUUCUCUACCCCGGUGCUAAAAUUACUUUGGCAAAUGCUAAACAUUUAAUAAGAAGGCCUUACUGGCUUCUUUAUGGAGAGCUCACUUUAGAUGAGACUGAAGAGUUUAAGGAUUGUACAAAUGACACUGGCCUAUGGGAAAACGGAACAACACGACUCUGCCCAACUGAGACCGGCAGGACUUAUGGUCCUUUCAUGAUGGGAGUUUACCUUAUGUUUUCAAAUAUCCUGCUUCUCAACAUUCUUAUUGCAAUGUUUAAUUACACAUUUACUAAAAUCCAAGACAAAUCAGAGAAGAUUUGGUGUUUCCAGAGAUUCGUUGUCAUCAAGGAUUACGCACAACGGCCUGUAUUAUGUCCUCCUUUGAAUUUAUUAUCUUGGCCUAUAUACAAGCUUUUCCAAUGUUGUGUGACCAAGCGUACAAAAGAUGAGCUCUCAGAUGAUCAUUUCCAUGUUCCUUACGACGACAAGGGGCUUCGUAAAACCAAUUACGGUGAAGGUAAACAGUACCUCACAUUAAGUAAAUUUAUGAAAGAGGCACAUCGCAGCUAUCUGCAUAAGAAAAAAACAGAAAGUGACACUUCGAUGAUAGAAACAACGGCAAAUGAAAAGCUUGAUCAUUUGAAAAACAAAAAUGAUGAGUUGGCGAGCCUGGUCCUCAGUCUUCAGGACCAGCUUAACAGAAUGCAGGCGAGUAUCGACAACCUGUGAAUGAAGAAGUAGAAGGCUGACAUUGAACAUAAGGUGGACGAAAAAAACUGAGCCGUAAUGUAAACACGAUACAUUAUGGGUGAUAUCGAUUUAGACCAGUUUGUGAAACAAAGAGUAUUAACACUAAUGGUAUGUAGGAACGAUGUCUAUUUCAGCUCUAUGGAGGUUGCACUAUAUUCACCGGGCAAUUUUGAAUGCUUUUAAUAUAUAUGUUGCAUUUAACUAUGCCCGAACUAUGUAUUACGCCUUCAAAUAUUAACAAUUCAUGUUAAUUAAUUCGAAUCGACUAGAGCAUUUUGUUAACAUGUGUGUAUCAAUUAUUUAGGUCGGCGUAUUUGCAGUGUAUAUACAUGCUUGCUUUUUGCUUCUCGUUGUAUUGAUAAGUUGUUGUUUUAUAUGUAUUCAAUGUUUGCACAUAUCGUUAAUAUUCGGUGAGAGUGUAGAUGAAUUUAGAGAAUGGUAAUACCGAACAACAAAAGCAGCGGUACAAUUGUUUGCUAAGAAAUAGUGUGAUAAAAAAAACAAAUCACAUUAAUACUGGCACAUUUGUCAGUCGAAACGUAUGGACAUAUGAAAACGCCAGUGCAAAUUCAGUAUUGUCUGAAUCUGAGGUUAUGGUGUAUAUUGUACUUAUUCGUAGUAUUAUGUGGCCAAAUGUAUGUAUUCCCAAAAAUAUAUACCUGUAUUGUAUACCUUUAUAUUGUUGUAUACUUUUCGGUGCAGUUGUAUAGUGUUGGUUUUGGAAUACUGUGUGGUUUCGAUGAAUGUGUUUGGUAUUGAUUUUUUUUAAAAUGUAUAACAAAUGUAUAGCACACAAUCGCAGUGAUAAGAAGUUCUACUAUUUUUUACACUGUUUAAACGCUGUCGAUAUUGUUUGCCUUUUAUUGUUGCUUUAUAAAUUGUGUGCCUCUUAUGAUAUUUUAAACAUUUCUUGAUUUACAUAAAUGUCCAUAUUGUAUAAGCAUGUUAAUAAUCGUUGUAUCUAUGGACACAUAUUAUUUCAAUAAUAUUUAUGUAUCCAAUGUCCUGUUUAAUAAGAUGGUUUUAACAAAACGAACAUUUUGAAACCGUUCGUAUGCUUCCCAUACUUAUUCUAAUAAUCGUUGAAACUUACGUCUACUGUUUUACCUGUUUUGGCAUUUAGAAACUGGGGCAUGAUUAAAUGCAGACAUAAAAUGUGUCACAAUCAAAUUUCGACUUAUGCACACACUUUUUAGUGUGCUUCUCCAUACUAUUUUUGGCAUAACUUUAAACUUUAGACUCCGUCCCGGUACUCCCUUUGAAAUGCAUGUUACAUUUUGUUAAAUACACAAUACACUAUAUAUGAUUCCUUUUUUAGAAAAUUAAAAUACAAAUAUAUUUAAACAUAAUCGCAAUAGAAUUGCAGAUGUAAAUGCGUGUUAUCAAUAUAAAAAACAAAUGUUAUUCAUAUAAAUGUUUAAAUGAACAGUUAUAUCUAAUGCAAAUCAAUGUUUAACCUAAAUCUGUAUAUUCAUAUUGUAUGAUUUUUUAAUGAAUGUAAUAUUGUUGUUUGAUAAGAUUGUUAGUUAAGAAGUUUAUGUGCUUUGUACAAAAAAGGAUGUGGCAAGCAGUUAGUUAGGCUCCAUUGGUCAUUGUCGGCUCGGGUACUUCUUACAUGUACCCGGGUACUCUUAAGUAUACUAACAUAAUUAUUUACGGUACGGUAAAUAUACAUGUACUAAAACGUACCCGAAAAAUUUAAUGCUUAAUCGGCUUUUUAAAAAAAGCAUGUUGAUACAGUUUUUUAGAGAGAAGUUUGUUUAAGAUAAACAAUAUCGUUUUAUUGUAAUCGGUAGCGCGUUUUACCACAUCGUAUUUCGGCGGGAAUACGAUUCGGGUGCAGACUAAUAUCGACCGAGUACGUUAAAAUAUGUUUUCCGUAACCCGGGGUACAUAUGUAAGUAUACUUAAGUUUACCCGGGGUACAUGUAAGUAGUACCCGAGCCGACAAUAACCAAUAGAGCGUUAGUUAGCGGCUGAAUUAAAAGAAUUGCGAAUAAUGAAAAUAACAAUUGAUGAAAGUAUUACCAUUUCAUAUAAUGUGUUUAUGUGUGUCUUAACCUUCAUGGAUCAAUGUUUCGUUGAUUGAACAUUAUAUUGUGUACAUAGUAUUUUAUCUAUAUCUACUUUUGUAACAAAUUACAUGAAGUUUUGUUUUUCUGUGGUAUAAUGGUAUUCGUACGGAUACAAAUUUUGCAUUGCAUUUGAAUGCCACUUUUCUUUGGGUUUUAGUUUUCAAGAUCCGAUUAAAACAAUACAUUUUAUAAUUGUUUAAUAAAGUGCGUUAUUGCUAUGUAUUUGCAUUAUGUACUAUUUCUAUAUGAUUUAACAUGGAGAGUUUAUUAAACGACCAUGUAUGAUUUUAUAUAGUUCAUGCAAAUUAAGUAUAUGUGUAGUGUUGGAUUGUUUACACAUUCUGAUAAUGAAAGCAGUUCCGACUAAAUUCAUCAUAUUUCAUGAUGUGCACAUUUCAACCAAUAUACAGUGCAGUUCUUAGGUCAUUCAUGAAACAGUUCAACAUCUUUCUUAAAAUACUUCAUAUGUGUCUUUGAAAAACUAUAUAUUAAAUGUUUCAUUUUUGCUAAGAUUCAUAAACAUAAGCUAUAAGUUGACUAGCGCUUCAUAAGGGUUCAUACGCAUACAUUAAUCUUAUAGAGUUGAUGUUUAUCCUAACGCAAUAAUGUAACGAAAUGAAUAAAAAAUAAUGUUCAGCGGUGUAUCAUAGAAAGCUAAUGCAGUCGGUAAACAGAUUAACAACGCUCACAAACACAAUAUAAGUUCACCAAACCUCCCUGACCUUCUUAAGAAUGUACGAUGUUUUAAUUUUAAGAUUCGAUAACAGAUUCAAAACAGAAAUCAACAUCUCCAAUACCUGUUUAAUUGUUUUAAUCAAUUGUAUAAAACAGAUAUAUUGUGUUGCUUUUGCUUUGAUGUAUUUCCGCAAUACUACUAGCGUUAUAUUUUAUUUGUAUUUUUAAUAUGUAAGCUAUUAUUAAUAAUGUAUAUUAUGUUAUUUUUAUUGUUUACUGAUGUAUGUGCUAAGUUUAACGUGCGUUUUUUUCAUUGAUGUAUGCAUACAAUCAACAUCCGUGUACAAGUGUAAAGUUUUUUUCUUACAACUAUAUUAUAAACUACAUCAAUGAAACAACAAAAGUUCAUACACUUCGUAAGCAGUGUAGAUAUGUAUACCUAGGCUUUAUGCAUUUAUAAUUUUACAUAACUAUUUGAAACGCAGGAAAAAUGCGCAAAAUACCCAAUUAUUCAUUUUUUGUUUCAAUAGAUUGCAUUGGUCAAAAUGUUUAUGUUAGUUCACCACGCAUAUAUAGUAAGUAUUCUGUAAUGUGUUUGACUUUGAAUCUUAACUAACCAAACAAUUGUCUAUAAACGCGUUAAUUAAAUACACAGAGUUAUUAUUAUUUUAUAACAAUGAUAUUAAACAGAAUACAAUCUAUGUAAACUUAAUUUUAGUAUUUUUAAUAGGUAACGAAUAUUUUGCUGUCUGAUAUUUAUGUUUGACUUGCUGAUUUUUACAGAAGGAUAUAUAAUUGCAUUUCAUAAUUAUACUGAUGCAUAAGUUUACAAGUGUAAAAGUAAGUAAUUGACACGUCUGUGCUUUAAACAUGAAUCAGUUGAAUCAUAUCAAUACCUAUAAGAAACGCAGGAACAAAUGCACUCGUAUAACAAUAGUCUGAAAGCAAAAAACAAUACGUCAUAUGUUUUCUUUAAAUAGUAUUGUUAAAAAUGUCUGUUAGUUCACCACACAUAAAUAAUAAGUAUUUUGUUAUGCCUUUGCCUUUGAAUACUUGUCUAUAAACGCGUAAAUAAAAUAUAUUUAUAGUUAUUAUUUUAUAAUACUUUUGUUUCGCUUGCUGAAUGUUACUGCAGGAGAUAUAUUUGCAUUUUAUAAUUAUACUGAUGCAUUUUUUCUUAGCUUAAUAUACAUAUAUACUACAGAAAAUGACGCACUCAAUUAAUUUGCGACCGAUUGUAGUAGUAUGUAUAUGUUUGUAUUAUUCUUCUUUGAGUUUGAAUGAACGCAUUGGGAUUGUAUAUUAAAUAAUGCAAUAUUGAUUUCAUAACUAAUGUAUAACUAAUGUAUACAAUUUGAUUGAUAUAUUACAGUAUGUUUGUUUCUCAUGUCUUGACUAAGCAAUCACAUAUGUGGACGUAUUUAGUUGUACUUGAACUAAAAUGUCACGCGUUUGCGUCAGAUCGUAAAUAUGCAAUAACCUUGUAGCUCGUUAAAGAAACAUCACAAAAAGGGAUAGAUUAAUCAAAAGUCAGUAUUAUCAUAGUUGUCAAAAACAUGGCAAUGAGAGUUUUACUGACUUUUUGUGAACAGGAACUGGUUGCGAGUGGAAAUUUAAACGGACUUGUAAAAGUUGUAUGUUAUGCUAGUUGCUUAAUGAUUUUGAAACUUAUCACUCAUGUGUUUCGCACAUAGGAUAUUUAUUAAGCAUUAACCUUUUAUUUGUGUUCAAGAUGUUCAUGCGGGUCAUUGAGUUCACAGGAAAAAAAUAUUCUAUAAAGACGUCUGUCCGUAUACAAUAAAGUUUAUAACACCUAGCUUUAUAGAUUUAAAACGUCCCGUGUGUGAUUGCAAUGAUAUAAGUAUGCAUAUAUUUUUAAAUUACUUGUAUUAUUCUCAUUAUCCUUAGUAGUAGAAGUAGUAUAUUGUUUAUAUGCUGUAUUUUAUUGUAUAGUUUAUCAUUGAACAUAGUUGAUUUUACGUGUUUACCAACAAACAAUAGUGCAAAUCAAUUUAUAUACAUACAUUAGAGGUCUGUUUUAGACUACAGUUAAACGUUUAAUUCGCGUAUUUGUGUUAAAUUUUAUAAUUAAAUAUUAUACAUUCAAAAACUACACAAAAUUAAAUUUCGAUUGGGUUUUAUCUUUUUAUCGCGUGCGUAAAUAACUAUGGACAUUGGUUUAAGUUCUAUUACACUAUGAUUUAUUGAGCAAUUCAAUCGAUUAUUAUGUGCUUAAAUGUACAUUGUAUUGGGACAAAGUUUGAGUCUUUAGGUAUAAAGAAACGGCCGAUCGGUUAUCUAGCAUCAUCAUUCGCAGAUAUGAACGACCAGAUAUUUUUCGUAUACGUAUAUCCCAGAUUAAUUUUAGUUUUAAAAUUAUUCAUUUACGUGUUUGUGUAAUGAACAAACACAGGCUUAAAAAGAUAUAAAAUGUGGCAUGGUAUGUGUUAUAAUCCGAUAGUGAAAGAAUGAAUACCAAAAGACUCAAAACACAUAACUGUUUGCUCGUAGCGUGUUGUAGUAGCUUUAGUAACAUAUAUAUAUAUAUUUUAUUUUGCUAAGGGGCAUGUUCACAGAUUGUUACGAGGACAACAUUUAUUGUUCACACAAAUUUCAUAACAUAGUACACAUAUGUAUAAUAGGAGCGACAUUAUAAACACAAUAAGAAGUCAUCGGUUUAAAUUGAUGAACUUGCAAAGAUAAAGCCAACAAAUGGAAAUUUUUAUUGUAACUACUGUUUUAAUUUACGUUUUGGAUAACACGUGAAUCAGUUACAAAAUAAAGGAAAGUGUAAACAAUAAACGUAUUAAUAUCAUCAUGUCGGCAUAGCCGAAGGGCAUCCAGAAGGUAACCGCAUUCGACAUUCGAUUGUCAAGAAAUUAAAGCCAAGAGGAAGCAUCAUUGAACUCCCUCAAUGUGCUUCUCUUGUACUGCGUUUAUGAUUAACUAGUCCUUAAAAUUGUCAAGUUUAGGCAAAGUAUGAUGAACAUACACAAAACUGUGAGCAUGUCCCAUAAAUUACUUAUAUAAUUAUUAUAAGAUGUUUUUUACAAAUGGUGUUUUGAGGCUUUAUAAAAUUAAAACGAAUAUGCCUUAAUGGUGUAUUAUUAAAGGGUUCAACACAUAACAUUUCCAUUCCUCGUAAAAAAAAAACGGCGGUAUUCUAAUAAAAUUAAAAACACAUGUAUAAGCAUGCAUUACCUUCACUCAAUACGUCUUUAAAAUUGCUAUGCAAAACAUAAACAUUAAGUACCUAUAGGCAUAAUUGUCAAAAUAGUUAUACAAAAUGGUUUAAUAAAAAUGGCAAAUACUUUAUGUGGAAAGGGUGUAUUUUUGGCUUAAAGAACCAACAAUGGUGAAUCUAUUUACGUAUAUGUAAAUAUCUUUCUUAGGUUUCUAACAAAACUCCAUAAGGAAAUUGCGAGAUGUAGAAUUAUGUAAUUAUUUAUUCUAGAAACGUGUCUAUGGGCCUCUAAAAAUCGUUUGAAGAGCUAAAAGGCAAGCGAUACCGAAAUAAGAAUAUUUUUAACAAAAGCCUCAAGAUCCCAUGACAUGUAUUCAAUAUUCAAUGUAUAUGCACGCAUAUUAUAAUAGCUUGACAUACUAGCAAUAAAAAAACGAAAGUU